UGCCUCUGCUGUCUGACUGAAAGCUCCAAACGGGAUUAUUUACCUGAGAUUAUCUCCGAAACACAAACUCCUGCUAUAAACAUCUUACUUUUAGGAGUUUGUUUUUUUCCAGGAGUUUUAUUUUCCUUUGCAUGGAUUACUGCGGGAUAUUCGGAGCGAAACGACGAAGAUGUUCUUUCACCUGCGUCUGAUGCUGUUACACAACACGCCUCUUCACUGAGCAUUUCUGCAGCCAUGAAGUUGGCUGCGCACAGGAUGGCAGGCACAGCGAUGAGCACGCUCACCACAGGUGUGCAGUAUCUGGGCUCCAACGACGCCAGCUACGACGACCCCUCCAUCGACUCCGGCCUGGCGAAGAACAGGUUGGGCUUUCAGAAACCUCACCCUGCCUCCGUCUCCAGCUCCUUCCCCGACCUCGUCCUUGGAAACAAGGAUGUCGUUUACACUGCCCUCUUUCCUGUAUUUCCCACCAACAUCUCAGACUUGGUGUUGGGUAACUCCACUGCUGUGGAGAGUGUAGAUGCUUCACAGUGUGCAGAGAACCUUGUGGACAACCUAGAGUGCUUCAUGAUCCUUACCCCUAGUCAGCAGCUUGCAGUUGCCAUCUUAGCGCUCACUCUGGGUACUUUCACUGUGCUGGAGAACUUUGUGGUCCUCUGUGUGAUCCUUCACUCCCAGACUCUUCGAUCCCGUCCUUCUUACCACUUCAUCGGCAGCCUGGCUGUGGCCGAUCUCAUAGGAAGCAUCAUUUUUGUCUACAGCUUCUUGGACUUCCAUGUCCUCCACAGAAAGGACAGCCCAAAUGUUUUCCUGUUCAAGCUGGCUGGAGUCAUUGCCUCCUUCACCGCCUCCGUGGGCAGUCUGUUCCUCACCGCCAUCGACCGCUACAUCUCCAUCCACAGGCCUAUGGCGUACAAGCGCAUCGUCACAAAGACGAAGGCGGUGAUUGCCUUCAGCAUGAUGUGGACCAUCUCUAUUGUCAUCUCGCUGCUGCCGCUGUUGGGCUGGAACUGCAAACGCCUCGGCACGGUCUGCUCUGAUAUUUUCCCUCUGAUUGAUCAGAGGUACCUCACCUUCUGGAUUGGAAUAACAAGCGUCCUGCUGUUGUUCAUCAUCUACGCCUACAUGUUCAUCCUCUGGAAGUCCCACCACCACGCCGUCCGCAUGCUGAGCCGGACCUCCCAGAGGAGCGUGAUCGUCUACACUGCGGACGGCGCCAAGGUUCAGACCGUGAGGCCUGAGCAGGCCAGGAUGGACCUCCGCCUGGCGAAAACCCUGGUCAUGAUCCUGGUGGCCCUCAUCAUCUGCUGGGGCCCGCUCCUAGCCAUCAUGGUGUACGACCUCUUCGGGAAGGUGAACGACUUCAUCAAGACCGUGUUCGCCUUCUGCAGCAUGCUGUGUCUGCUCAACUCCACCGUGAACCCGGUGAUCUACGCCAUGAGGAGCAAGGACCUGCGCAGGGCCUUCCACAACAUCUGCAACAUGUGGCGCGGCGGGUCCCAAACUCUGGACAGCAGCGGAGAGAGCGACUGGAACAGCAGGAGCGUGAGAGCCGCUGCAGCAGCAGCUGCUGCAGCAAGCAGGGCGGGGAAAGGUGGUGGCAGCUGUGAAAAAAUGCAGAAGAAAGCAGCUCAGGUUCGAGUUUCUGGAGGUACAGAGUCUUCUACAGCAGAGCCCGUCUGAAGCCAAGCCUGCUUCUUUAUAACUGUGAAGCUAAUAGUGUUGUAUAGUCUCUGGUCUGCUAGCUUUGUUACUGCAAAUGUGUGCCAAAAACCACUGAUACAAAAUAGAUCAUAGAACUUUAUGUCCUUUUCUUUAAAAAGUGGAUUCUCAUCAUUAAUCAAGAAAGACACAUUUUUAUGUUUCUUUUAUCUUAUAGGAGGAUCUAUUGGUGCUUUGUUGCCUUCGCUCCAGCUUAAAAUGUAGAGAUUAGCUCAGUAUCCUCCUCUGUGUUGUAUUUUUUAUUUAUUUUAUUAUGAGCUAAUGUGAAAAUGUUAUUUAUUUAUUU